ACAAAUUUGAUUCGAGGGUUCACAAACUUAUCUCACGCUUUAAAUAAGUAUGCUUUUUAGAAAAAUCUCAUUUUUUAUUUUAAAGAUGUGAAUCUUGAUGUUAGAAACCAUGAAAUAUUUCUGUUACAGAUGCGAUUGAGCAAGAUGAUAGCUUGGUAAAUUAAAACUUACAAAUGAAAAAAAAAAAGUAUUUUUUAGGAAAUUAUGAACCCUAUAUUUUUAAUUCAGAAGAAAAGGGCAAAUGUGGACAAUGCUGUUACUUUACUUCAGUUGACUCCAAUGGAACUAGGUUAGAAGCAUGCAGCAAGUGAAUUGAAAAGAGAAGGGAAGAAAAAUGGAGGGGGUGUGGUGUGGAAUGGAAUCUCCAGAUUGCAGUUGGGAGCCCUGAAAUGAAGGUGAGAGAAGAAGCAGUGAAGUGGAAUCUCCCAAGUCGAAAGUAAUCAUAACAAGUGAUGCGGUAGGAGAUGAAGAAGGCGAGAGCAAUGUCCAUGUCCAUGUCCCUGUUGCUCCUGCGGUUGGAAUGGAAUUUGAGAGUUACGAGGAUGUCUAUUACUUCUAUAAUUGGUACGCUAAGGAACAGGGAUUUGGGAUUAGGGUCACAAAUACCUGGUACCGCAAGACUAAGGAACGUUACAGAGCAAAACUUAGCUGCAGCAGCGCAGGCUUCAAGAAAAGAACGGAGGCUAAUCGCCCCAGACCCGAAACCAGAACUGGUUGUCCUGCUAUGAUCAAGUUCAGGUUGAUGGAUUCCACAAGAUGGAGAAUUAUUGAAGUUGAGCUUGACCACAAUCACUUGAUUAACCCCACCAGUGGCAAGUUUUACAAGUCCCAUAAGCAAGUUGCUCUUGGCACCAAAAGAACCUUCCACUUAGAUGCUACUGCUGCUCAACAGGUUCACAAAAUCAGGAUGUUUCGAACUCUCAUAAUCGAUGCUGAAGAUGAUGCUGAUGAAGGGAAAUCUCCAAAUCCAAAGGGCCUCUACUCCAACAAUCAGUUGAAGCUGAAGAAAGGAGAUGCCGAAGCAAUUUUGAACUUUUUCAGUCACCAGCAAUUGGCAGAUCCAGACUUCUUCUACGUGGUUGAUGUCAAUGAGAGGGGGUGUUUCAGGAACUUGUUCUGGGCUGAUGCAAAAUCCAGGGUUGCAUACAGUUAUUUCAGUGAUGUUGUAGCAAUUGACACUACAUGUUUGAACGGUGCAUAUGAAGUUCCUCUGGUUAUGUUCCUUGGGAAAAACCAUCACAAACAAUCCAUCUUGUUUGGCUGUGGAUUGCUUGCUUGUGAAUCUGUUGAAUCAUACACUUGGCUGUUCAGGGCGUGGCUUACUUGUAUCUUAGGACGCCCCCCACAAGUUAUCAUCACCAACCAAUGUGGAAUCUUGCAAACUGUGGUUGCUGAUGUCUUUCCAAGAUCUACACAUUGCCUUUGCUUGUUUGAUAUCAUGCAAAAAGUUCCAGAAAAACUGGGAACCUGCGUACACUAUGAAGCAAUCAAUGCAGCUUUGAGUAGAGCAGUAUAUUCCUCUCUAAGGGCUGAGGAAUUUGAAGCAACUUGGGAGGAUAUGAUGAAAAGCAGCGAAAUUAGAGGCAAUAAAUGGCUGCAAUCUUUGUAUGAGGAACGGAAACGGUGGGCUCCAGUUUAUCUGAAGGAAAUCUUCUUGGCAGGAAUAUUUUCAGUUCAACAAAGCGAUGCUGUAUCAUUUUUCUUUCAUGGGUACCUCGAUGAACAGACUUCUUUGAAAGAAUUUAUUGAAAAAUAUGAUCAGACUUUACAGACAAAGCGACAACUUGAAGCUUUGGCAGAUUUGGAUUCAAAAUCUUGUAGCUUUGCACCAAAGUCGAGGUCUUACUUUGAAUUGCAGGUUUCAAAGUUAUAUACCAGUGAAAUACUAAGAAUGUUUGAAAGGGAAGUGGAAGGAAUGUUUUCAUGCUUUAACUCGAGACAGAUAAAUGUUGAUGGACCGGUGAUGACGUACAUUGUGGAAGAACAAGUUGAAGUUGACGGAAAUCACAGAGGUGCAAGAGAUUAUGAGGUGUGUUAUAAUGAAGCAGAAAUGGAGGUGUUUUGCAUCUGUGGCCUGUUCAAUAUCAGAGGUUACUUGUGCAGGCAUGCUUUGUUUAUUUUAAGCCAAAAUGGGAUAAAAGAGAUCCCAGCUCAGUACAUUGUUUCACGGUGGAGAAAAGAUGUGAAACGGAGCAAUGUGUACGAUCACAACUGUGGUGGAAUUGAUAUAAGUAAUCCAGUUCAUAGGUAUGAUCAUUUAUACAGACAGAUUGUGAAGGUUGUAGAGGAAGGUAAGAAAUCUCACGAUCAUUACAGGACUGCACUACAAGCAAUGGAAAAUAUAUUGAGGAAGCUUCAUAUUGUAACCGUUGAGGAUCCCGACAAAAUAAUGUACAAGCAUUGAUGUCUCAAUAACUUGGGCAUCGCCAUUGUAUAUUUGCGACUUUACAUUGUAAUCAUCUCACGCCAAUAUUUAGUUCCUCGGACUUAACCAUUAUCAGAAUUCAUAGGAAUAAAUUUUGGGUAUGAACUCCUAAACAAGCUAAGGGGAUAUUUGAUUUGUUGGGAUGGAGCAAUAUGAUGAGAUGCAACAAGGUA